UUUUGCCACCAUCAACAGAAAAGCAGAGGGGAUAACUUUUUGGAAUUCAGCCUAGGGUGUCCUCUUUGACAUUUUGCUCAGCCGGGCUUGCACUCUCUCUCUCUUUCACUCUUUCCUCGUGGAAAGUUGAUACUUAAGAGGGUUUAUUUAUCCUGAAGAAUCUAGUGUCCCUCAGGAUGUACAGCUUCAUGGGAGGGGGCCUAUUCUGCGCCAUUGUGGGGAACAUCUUGCUGGUGGUCUCCACAGCGACAGACUACUGGAUGCAGUAUCGCCUGUCUGGCAGCUUUGCUCACCAGGGCCUGUGGAGAUACUGUAUGUCCGGCAAGUGUUACAUGCAGACAGACAGCAUCGCCUACUGGAAUGCUACCCGUGCAUUUAUGAUCCUCUCAGCCAUGUCAUGCUUUGCUGGCAUCAUUGCAGGAAUUCUCUCCUUCGCCCAUUUCUCUGCCUUUGAAAGAUUCAAUCGGUCUUUUGCUGCAGGGAUCAUGUUCUUUGUCUCCACUCUAUUUGUUCUUCUUGCCAUGGCCAUCUACACUGGGGUGACAGUGAACUUCCUGGGGAAACGAUUUGGUGACUGGCGUUUCUCCUGGUCCUACAUACUGGGCUGGGUGGCACUGCUUAUGACCUUCUUUGCAGGUAUAUUUUACAUGUGUGCCUAUAGGAUGCAUGAGUGCAGGAGGGUGGCUGGCCCGCGUUAAGAGGACUAAAAUCACAUUGAAAGCUGUUGGAAUAGGUAUUUUUUGCCCCAGCAAUAGCUUGAAUCCAAUUUUUUACAGUAAACUCACUGUGACAUUGGAAAAUAUUUUAAAAGUUAUAAAAAUGAAUAAAGAUAGUUCACAUCAG